CUUAUGCCUGGUUUUCACUAGGUCAAAAUAAUUGACAUCAAAAACUGCCUAAACGAACAGCUGUGCUUUUGGUGGCAAAUGCGUUUUCAUUACAACAUCCAAACUGACCGAAUGUCGAUACUGCAGUGCCUUUCAAAAACUGUCGUCAAUUUUUGGUGUCAGAUGAUUGACCACCUGUUUUCAUUUAUGUCAAUUGUGAAUAGGCAAUUGUGAACAGGCAAUUUUGACAGCUGUUAAAUUGAAGAUAUAAUUAUUUUUAAAUAAGUGCGUGAAAGUGUAAAAAUGAAUAAAAAUAGAAAAAUUACAAUAGUAACUGCAGCGUUAUGUCUUAUAACGUCAUUAAAAGCUUGGAAAAAGAAAAGGACUCAGCAAAGGAAACCAAAGCAGUGGUGGAUUAGACCAGGAUUAAGGAAUCGUUGCACCAGUGGAUUUUACUCCACACUUCGAUCCAAGCUGGUUUCUCAGGACCCAAAGUGGUUGAAGAACUUCCUGAGGAUGACUAUGGAAGAUUUUGACUUUUUAGUGGCGCGCCUUACUCCACAUAUUUAUAAACUAAAUACAAGAUUCCGUGAAGCGAUAUCGGUCGGUGAAAGACUGGCGGUAACACUACGCUAUUUAGCCACAGGAGAUAGCUUCUCAAGUUUAAUGAGUGUUUUCCUAUUGGGAAAAACUACUAUCUGCCAUGUAGUGCAUAACACGUGUAGUGCAAUUUUUAAAGCUUUAAAGGACGAGUUUUUAAAAGUUCCAAACACUCAUGAGGAAUGGACAGAAAUAGCGGAAUGUUUUUACCAGCGAUGGAAUUUCCCUAAUUGUUGCGGUGCGUUGGAUGGGAAACAUAUAGCGAUUCAGGCGCCUGCGAACUGCGGUUCUGAGUAUUUCAACUAUAAGAAAUACAAUAGCAUCGUUUUGAUGGCAAUGGUUGAUGCCGACUAUAAAUUUUUAUUUGUUGAAGUUGGAGCUUAUGGUCGGGAAUCUGAUGGAGGCGUUUUCGCAAGAUGUGCUCUUUCGACGGCACUUGCAGAAAACAGUUUAAAUUUUCCGCCAGCGAAGUCACUUCCACAUGAAAGUGAUGAAAUGCCAUUUGUCAUUGUAGCUGACGACGUUUUUCCAUUAAAAACAUACUUAAUGAAACCAUUCAGCUUCCGAAAUCAAGUGAUGUCGUUCAAAAUAUUUAAUUAUAGGCUCUCCAGAGCAAGAAAUGUGGUGGAAAAUGUGUUUGGCAUUUGUGCAUCGCGUUUUCGGAUCCUUAGAAGGCCGAUGGACGUUACUCCCGAACAUGCGACAGUUAUUGUCCUCGCGAUUUGUGUAUUACAUAAUUACCUAUUAAUACGCAAGUCUAUAUAUAUAUGAAUGUCUGACGUAGACAAAGACACAAAUGGCAUUACCGAUCCAGGUAAUUGGCGAAUGGAGUUGGGGGAAAAUGGAAUGCUUCCAUCAGUUCGGCCAAGCAGUGUUUUAGGUAGACCAGCAGACAGCGCGAUAAAUGUCCGUGAAAGAUUUAUGGAGUAUUUCAUGACUCCUCAUGGAGAGGUUCAAUGGCAAUAUAAUAGGACAAUAUUGCAUAACUCUUCUUUGUAGUUUACUCCUAUCUUUCUCAUUUAUAAAUGUGUAAUUCUAUAAUUUAACUUAUUUUGUAAAUACAAAAUAUUUUCAUUAUACCUAUUUUAAAAACUUUCUGAAUUUUAAAUAAAA